CACAGAGCCUGCCGCCGUGAUGAAACCGAACGGGUACCGAUUUUAACUCACUUCUGAGUCCCCAAGGUGCAGAACCAAAGAGUAUUAAUGGUCUGGGCAUCAAAGUACGGGAACAUUUGAUCCAGAGUUUCCCUUAGAAACGGGAAGGUCUAAGGAUAGUGGAAACUAUGAAAGUCACGGUGUGUUUUGGAAGAACUCGGGUCGUGGUUCCGUGCGGAGACGGCAACGUUAAAGUGCACACGCUCAUUCAGCAGGCCACUGUGCGGUACAGGAGAGCCAUCGCCAAGGGUGAAGAGUACUGGGUGCAGGUGUACAGGCUGGAACAUGGUGAUGGAGGAAUUCUGGAUCUGGAUGAUGUUCUGUCUGAUGUGGCAGAUGACAAAGACCGAUUGGUGGCAGUGUAUGAGGAACAGGAGCCUCAUGUCGGUGGUGAUGGCACCAGCGCGAGCUCCACGGGCACACAGUCACCUGAGAUCUUCUCUGGAGAGCCUUCCACCUCCACCCCACUGUCUGCCUUCCAGCCGUACUUGCCCCACAGCGAGAUAGAGGUCACCACCUCCACGCUCAGAACCAACAUGCCUUUGCACGUUCGUCGCAGUAGUGAUCCAGCGUUGUUGAACCUGACAGCGAUGUCAUUCUCUGAGCAGGGCUCACAACCCGAAGAACCUUUCAGGAAAAACCCCACACGCUGGUCCACCACCACUGGCUUCCUGAAACCACGUUUCUCCAUUGGAACCAACAGUCUGGAGAGAAAGGGGCGAGGUGUAAACACAUACCGUAGUCUUCCUCGUGAUGCUGGGCAGUGGGACAAUCAGAGAGAGUUUCACCAUGAGACAGCUCGUUCUUCACUCAGUGCCAAUCAUCCAAUGGUGGACUGCUGGUUGGACCGACAGGAACAGGAAGAGGAGGAGAAUGGCAGGAUAGAACCGGUGGGACGUGCAGAUACGUGCUUGGAACACAUGGGAGUGAGAUCUCUAGAUGAUAUUGUGAAACUGGUGGACGUGCCUAAUGAUGGAGGUCCACUUGGCAUCCACGUGGUGCCCUUUAGCGGCCGUGAUCGCAGGACGUUGGGUCUGGUGGUGAAGCGAUUGGAGCGUGGAGGAAAGGCUGACGUUCAGGGUUUGUUUCAGGAAAAUGACUGCAUCAUUCGGAUCAAUAACGGAGACCUACGGAACGUCCGCUUUGAGCAAGCUCAGAACAUGUUUCGUCAGGCAAUGCGUUCUCCUGUCAUCCUGUUCCAUGUGGUACCAUCCUCUAUGAGAUCCCAGUAUGAACAAAUAUCACAUUAUGAAAACAACCCCAGGAUGAACUUUGACCUUUCUGGACGCUUCAGCCCAGACUCCAGUCAUUAAGGAGCCGUUGGCAACACUCUUGUGGAUCGCGCAGCUCACCGACUGGCACAGCACAGGCCACUCCCACCUAAUAACCAAUCAGAUAUCAGUUCUCCCCUUCAUCAUCCUAUUGGUUCAGCAGGGAAACCUCCAUCAGGCCACACCUCCUCUCCCCAAAGAGGCUUAAGCCCCACCCCCACAACAGGCUUCACUAAAAAGGUCGGGCGGAGACAAGGAAUCCAGCUCAGAAAAGGGCCAGAAGGUCUCGGGUUCAGCAUCACAUCAAGAGAUGUCCCCUUAGGAGGCUCUGCCCCUAUUUACGUGAAGAAUAUCCUGCCAAGAGGAGCAGCCAUACAGGAUGGACGACUGAAAGCAGGGGACAGGUUGUUAGAGGUCAAUGGGGUUGAUCUGAAUGGCCGUGGUCAGGAAGAGGCGGUUUCUUUGCUGAGGGCGACGCCCAUGGGUGGGACUGUGAGUCUGCUGGUGCUGAGACAGGAAGAGGCCUUUCUACCCAAAGAGAUAAACACAGAAACAGCAAUGCAGAACACACGAGAAUGGAAGGUAGAAGAGGAGGAGUUGGUUUUAACCCCAGAUGGUACGCGUGAGUUCCUGACGUUGGAAGUACCUCUGAAUGACUCCGGCUCAGCGGGCUUGGGGGUCAGUGUCAAGGGUAACAGGUCAAAGGAGAGCCACGCUGACCUGGGCAUCUUUGUCAAGUCUAUUAUCAAUGGAGGAGCAGCAUGCAAGGAUGGCAGACUGCGAGUCAAUGAUCAACUCAUUGCAGUCAAUGGGGAGUCGUUGUUAGGGAAAACCAACCAGGACGCCAUGGAAACUCUGCGUAAAUCCAUGUCAACAGAGGGCAACAAGCGAGGGAUGAUUCAGCUGAUCGUGGCAAGAAAAAUCAACAAAUGUCUUGAGGGUGAGAGCCGAUGUAGUCCACAUGGAUUAGAGCGGACUCUAAGCCCGUCUCCUGACGACCACGAGCGACGGAUCUCACACUCUCUAUAUGGCAUUGAGGGAAUCGAUGACAACCUAAGACCACAACGCAACACGAAUAACCUCAAAAUGAAUCAUUAUCAGCUCUCGCCAACGGUGAACAUGCCUCAGGAUGACAUGGUCAUAAUUGAAGACGAUAGGCCGUGUGUUCUCCCCACCCACUUGUCUGAAUCCUCAUCCAGCUCUCAUGAUGACAUGGGUUUCGCUGUGGAGACGCCACCGCCACCCCCCUGGGACCAAGAGCUUCCCGCUAGUGCUCCCAUUGCCAAUGAUGAGUUUCAGAGAGAAGGCUUUGGCAGGCAAAGCGUGUCUGAGAAACGCACUAAGCAGUAUGGAGACGCAAGCCAACUUGACAUCAUCAAGACCCGCAAGUCCAAGAGCAUGGAUCUAGUGGCUGAGAUUAACCUCACACAAUGCACUGAGAACCACACAGGCUCUUCCUCACAUGAUGUGGGCCCUUCUCUCGGCCUAAAGAAGUCCAGCUCUCUGGAGAGUUUACAGACUGCCGUUGCUGAAGUAACGCUUGACGGUGACCUCUCUUUCCACCGGCCACGCCCACACAUCAUAAGGGGGCGGGGGUGCAACGAGAGCUUCCGAGCUGCAAUUGACAAGUCGUACGACAGGCCAGCAGCAAAUGAGGAUGAAGAGGAGGGCAUGGAAACAUUGGAGGAGGACACUGAGGGAAGCUCUCGGUCAGGGCGGGAUUCUGUUUCCACGGUAGCUGACUUAACUCCACUUCCCAUCACCGAGCAACAGCUGGUCAAUGGCAACCAGCCUCAAAACAACAAGAAGAAAGAAAAAGCAGGAAAGGACAAAAAGAAGCCUGAGAAAGAAAAGAGUAAAACAAAGAAAGGAAUGCUCAAGGGCCUCGGAGAGAUGUUCAGGUUCGGGAAGUACCGUAAAGAUGAGCGUUUGGAUGGUGGAAAGUGGAAGGCGGAGGAAACGCAGGCAUCUGAGGAGGAGACAGGCCGAAUGAGACAAGAACAAGAGAGAAUUCAGGCUAAAACGCUGGAAAUUCGUCAGCGUCAAGCCAGAGAAAGAGAUUACGCUGAAAUACAGGACUUCAGCCGGUCCACUCUGACCUCGCUUCCUGCCGAGGAGCCACUGUACGCCGGCAUCACCUCGCUGGAACGUGGCGGGUACCAUCGGAUCUACACUCCUCCAGACUCGCCAUUUACACAAAAACAGAAUGGCCGAAAUGGGCACCCCUCUACAUCAGACAGGCUAGUGCCGAGCAACCACGACCGAAUCCAGUGCUUACGGCAGGAGUUCCACCAGAUCAGACAGGACGAAGCGGAACCAGAUGAUCGCCACCGCACCUACAGCCUGGAGCAGCCCUGGUCAAACUGCAGCUCACAUACCUCAUCUGGCCGUCAUUCAGUGUCUGUGGAGGUGCAGUUACAGAGACAGGAAGCCAGGGAUGCUUUCACACAGGCUCAGAGACAGUACAGCUCUCUACCACGCCAUCCUCGUAAGACCCCCACUCCAGCUUCAGAGAGCGAAUGGGAGAGAACAUGUCCACCAGGCAAUGGCUUUCAGGCAGCUAAAGACAGCGGCCGUUACUCCAGUUACCAGGGUCCUCGUUCCUUCCCGCGCACCGUUCCCCUUUCUAGCUGCAGGAAUGGCCUAUCUGCUCAACCUGGAUCUGGCUGUACUACAGUGGGUGGUGGCUACAAUGCUCGCGUCCUAUUGGAGGCCCAGGAGCUCCUCAGACAGGAACAGAGACGCAGAGACCGGGAAAUUAAAGGAAGAGGCCCAUCAGUUCACGUAGACUACGAAUCCCAGGAUUCCAAAGGACCCCUUAGGCAGGAUGUCCCGCCCUCCCCUUCCCAGGUUGUUAGACUCGGCCGCGUACACACACCUGAGAAAUUGCGCCCGUUUUUGUCAUGAGAAAAAAAAAGAGGGCGACUCAUUCACCAUUUAUUCAGAAAAACAGAAAGGUUGACAAGAUUUUUGUGUGUGACCGCUGAUAAACAAACAUUUGGUUGUCUGGUAGUUGUACACAGACUCCGCCUACCUGAGUGCCUUUUGAUUAUGAGGUCACUGUGGUCACUAUCCAAUAGCCAAUAGCUCAUUGGUGCAUCCAGUGGUGCUCUUGAUUUGCUGUGAAUACCUUCAUGCUCUGACAAUCAGCCUGAAACAAAUUGACUUUUGCUCCUCUGUUGAACCAGCAGAACCAUGUCUGUCAUAAUAAGCAGGUUUUAUUGAUUUUUUUUUUCUUAAGUCAGAUUCAUUUUUAAAUGUAAAAAUGAAAGUUGUCAGUUAAAUUUGUAUUUGAUAUGGUUACGUUUAUAGAAAAAAUUCACCCAAGAAUUAAUAUUCUAAUGUAAUUUAUUCAUCCUCAUGUCAUUCUUAUCUGGUUUGACUGUCUUUCUUCUGUGGAACACAAAUGGAGAUCUUUCACAAUAGUCUUUUCCAUACAAAAAGAAAUAUACUCUGACCACGAACUGCUUCAAAAAUUGAAAAGAAAAGCACCAUAAAAGUAGUCCAAAUGGCUUGACUUGUGCAGAAAUAGGUCUUACUGGUUUGGAACUGCAAGAGGGUGAAUAAAUGAUGGCAUAAUUUUUUAUUUCAAGUAGGUAUAGAGUGGGAGUUGACAGACAGGAGAACAGAGACCAUUUUUUUUUUAAUUAUUGAGAAAAACUAAACAAAAUGGGCUCACAGAUAGCAGGUCAUUAAUUGAUGCUCCUCAUUAAAUUUUCAGAGCGCUUUCACACAGACAGAAUACAUGACCCACUGCUGCCUGCCAGGUGUGUGUGUGUGUGUGUGUGUGUGUGUGUGUGUGUGUGUGUGUGUGUGUGUGUGUGUGUGUGUGUGUGUGUGUUACUGGUCUCCCAGAUGACCCACACUGAAUUUUUCAUCACACACCAGCUGCCCCUGCAUUGACGGGCUACAGUGCUAUGUGAAAGUUCAGGCACAGAAAUCGUCUUCCCCUAAACACACACAGGCUAUGUUCAGAACAGCAUACUACAGUACCAUAUUACUAUUUGUGUAGUGUAUUUACAGAGACUGUUUGGGCCACUUCUAUUCAAAUAAAUGGGAGAAAUUAGAACGGCUAAUAGAAGUAGAAAAGGAAGUCCCUUCUUACAGGUAAAAGAGCCAAUCACCUUUUAGACACAUCUGAGGUAAAGACGCACAAUUUAUGAUACCAGUUUUGUCAGAUUUUACUGCUUAUUUGAUUUAUGUUCUGUGAUCUUAAUCUUGACCAGCCGUUUUGGAGAUUUCGGUCUUUCCCCAUUCAAGUAGAUAAGAGCUGGACAGUCAUGCCACUAGUUUACAUAGAAAAAUAGCUGGAGAGCUUUCCAAAGAUGGCCGUGAGUGAGUUGACUUGCUAAAAAGACUUUGGUAUAUAGUAUGAAUUAGGGAUGAACCCAUAAAAAAAAUUGUCUGCCGAUACUGAUAGUUUGGUGACUUUGCUUAUUUCAUGCUACCUGUUUUCAGGUUACUGAUCAUUCAUAUGAUUCAUUUUGGAACAUUUAUAAAAUCAUGAUCGUUCACAUGAGAUGAAGACACUAUCAGUAACAUUAUAAAAGCUGUUUAAAUCUUCACACAGAGGGUCCCCUCAUGGGCGCUGCCAUGUUAGGAGCACGUGACCAACCCGAUACAACUCGCUUUAUCUCAGUAGCCACCCUGUUAUUGGACACUUUCACUCAUGGAUUAAAGUAAUAUUUGGCUGAUGUGAAUACUACAUUUCUACAAUAGCAUCUGUAACUGAAAUCUAUUGAUUUUCAAUGAUGCCGCAUCCACUCCACUAGGUGUCACUGUAAGUCAAGAUGACAAACAAAAAAGUUACUGAGUGCAAAAGUAAUUAAUUAGUUGUGUUCAAAGUUUUAACGGCAGUUCCACCCCGCAAAGUUUUAGCAGUGCAAAGCUUACAACUCUUCUGUCAUUCUCACCCAAUUCAAAGUCAUUUCACACAAGAGAGAUUUUUUUACACUGCACAAGAUUUAGUCUAUUUUCCCGCCCCCUUUUUGAUUGACAGGAAAGAAUCGGCCCUGAUUAUCAACUGUUUUUAAACAAUCAGCCGAUGUCCGAUAAUACAGAUCAACCGAUACCGAUGAUUGGCCGAUACAAUUGUGCAUCUCUGCUAUGAAUACUGUCCACAUUUUCUGUAUGCAUGGAAUGACCAGAUGACCAACUUGUGAAAUAUUUAUAUGAAUUUUUUUUCAUGAUCAGGACAGAAAGUAAAAUCAGAUGUUAAUUUUAACAUCGACUCAAUUUUUAGAUUUUUAACAAAAUUGGAUAGAAAAUUCAAAAAUAUAUAUAUUUUUUUUUUACUAAAUAACUGGAAGCCACUCAAAUAAUUCAGUGCAAUACAAACAUGAAUGUCAUGCUGUUUAGUAUUGAAUAUUACAUUCUCCUCUUAUAUUUUUGUUUUUAAUACUUAAAACAAAUACUUGAAAAAUCAGUAUUCAGUGUAUACUGCACAUAGCUCAUUCCAAAAAUAGCCAGCACACACAUCUUCCUCUGGAUCACACUUUAGAUAAACAAAUACUUAGACGGAUGGAUAGAUUUAUGGAUCUUAUUGAUCAUUGUUAAGUGGAAAGUCUUUAAAAGACUAAUGAGCUGAACCAUUCAUGCAGCUGAACACAGCUUGUGUCUUCAACUUUGUACUGAUCGUCUCACUCGAACUCUGCUGGAUCUGCAAGCCAGGCCCCACUCCUUUGCAUAAUAGCUCCGCCCCUGACAGCUGCUGAGAUGGUCAAUCUGCAAUACAGUGUCAGUGAUGCAUUUUAGAUCACGAACUAGAACUUUGAGUUCUGUAGAGAUGAAAGUUCUAGGCUUUGAAUCAAGAGCUCCUGUUGAGCUGAUACCCUCAGACUAUAGUGUAACAUGCUAGGUCAAGUAUGUGUGUAUGUGUGUGUGAUUGUGAGCGCACGUGUGCACAUGUGCGGGGGCAGUGCCAUAUGAGCCAGCCGAUACUCGUUUGACACAUAACAGUGUGACACAUGGUGUGAAACACACUCUACUGCCCAGGCACAGAUGGUCGGUUGUGUUUUGUGUGUUUGAGCUGUGUGUGUGUGUGUGUGUGUGUGUGUGUGUGUGUGUGUGUGUGUAUGAGUUGGAAUCUAAAUGAAAAUAUGAAAAGCUUCAUUAUAACACAUUUGACUCCAAACAAUCAGACACUUAUUUCUAAUUGGAUCUUUUGUUCCACCAUAUCCUGUUUGGAAUUGUUCCUUAUUUUUGUGAAACUUGAAAGAUCAGGAAACACUGCCGGGCCUGGUCAGCCUGUUUUAUACGUUUGCCUUCUUUUAACCGUUUUUUUAACUGAAUGAAACCUCUUUUGCACCUUUAUAAAUGUCAAAUUUCCAGAUAUUAACCACAAAGUAUUAAAUACAAUGAAGUAUUAAAAACAUGGAUGCUUUGGCACAUGGACAGAUUAUUUUAUUUGUGUGUGUGUCUUAGCAACCAUCUCCAUAAUGCGUUAUGGCUUGUUUUAAAAGGUCAAGGGUCAUAAAGGAGCAUAGAUAUGAAGUUUCUGACAGAUUCUGAAGGAUCAAUGUCAGAUUUUCUAUUUUCUAUCAGUUAGUUUGUUUACAGGACUAUGUAAAAUGUAUGUUUCUGCCAUUGUGCAUCAUGUUUCUGUGACAUUUUUGUUGUUGUUUAUAUGCUGUUAUGAAUCUUGUGAUGUCUAAAAAAGCAGCAGCUGUUUUGACAGUACAAAACUCUUGUAAAAUAAAGGAAGGGAUGCUCUUCUGUUUUCCAUAUACACUUAAGUUCUGUGUGUGUGUGUGUGUGUGUGUGUGUGUGUGUGUGUGUGUGUGUGUGUGUGUGUGUGUGUGUGUGUGUGUGUGUGUGUGUGUGUGUGUGUGUGUGUGUGUGUGUGUGUGUGUGUGUGUGUGAGAGAACUACAUUGUCCAUUAAUCAUCUACUUUCCACAUGGGUCUGACAUUUUAAGACACUUGAGUCUGUGUGUGUGUGUGCUGGAUUUAUUUUGAAGACUGCCAUCUUGAUCAUGAAAUUUUGCAUCUUGCAGCGUUCCUAUGUGGCUUCAUCCUGUUUACCAGAAUUUGCAUUCACUUUGCAUGAUUUAUUGUACUAGGGUACGUGGCGGCCGCCUCUUCUUUAGAGGCUUUAGAGAUCUUUAACUUAACUAUGUCUUUUGACGCGUUUUUAAAACAAGAAAUCGUUUUUAAAUUGACACUGGCUAAAAAAAACAUGUCGGUCGUGCGCAAGAAGCUGAAGAAAUGGCUAGACGUGUUUCAACGAUCAAAGACAUGUCAAUCCACCCAGCACGUGUUUACAUAGGAAAACAAUGGAAAAUCAGAGCAGAUGCAUGCAAAAUUGACUCACAAAAUUUGUCAGAUAAGACAUUUUCUAGGUAUAAAUGUAUUCAUUUAAUCAUAAAUGCAAAGCAAUUUUCAGUUAAACAACCAUGUGAUGGCAAAAGUCUAUGGUCUUUAUGUGAAGUGGUGGAUUUAGGCAUUUGCAACAUGGCAGUCACCCAGGACACCCAAAUUGUUGGGGGUUAAAGGGGGACAAUGGUUUACUCUGUGCAUGUGUGUUUUGCUUUUUUCUAUAGUGUGUUUGAGAGUCAAUCAAUAAAAGCUAUAAUGGGAUUCAAAUAAUAAGGUGAAAUAUGAGAUGUUAGGCAGAAUGUUAGCCUCAGUCACCACUCACUUUCAUUGCAUCUUUUUCCAUGCAAUAAAAUUGAGCAAACAUCUCCCAUUGUGUUCCACAGAAGAAAGAAAGAAAUGCGGUUUUGGAACAACAUAAGGGUGAGUAUAUGAUGACAGUUUUCAUUUGGAUGAACUUACCUGUAAGUGGAAUCAGAAUCUGAACCACAAUCGUUACAUUCCCUAAGAUUCCCAUCCCAAUUGAAAUAGUGGGAUAGUGUGCAUUAUUUUACUAGUAUUUUUGUAUUUUACUGCAUUUUUUGGUUUAGUUUUUUAAGAUAUGUUUGCUAAUAAAUGAUGAAAAAGCAGAUUUGAGAGGACCAUCAAGAUAAUAAAAAGACAAGAGGAAUAAUCAGAUGGCUGGAGUAAAGCAGAUGGGCCAGUCCUUCCACCAGAUGUUUGAAGGUGCCACUCUCACCUGGUUCUAAUCCAUGAAACCAACAGCUGUGCUGAUUAUACACAUGAAAAGACACACUUUCAAACUUUUUUCUCUCCCUCUUUUUUUUGCUUUUUCACACACAAAUCAUUUUAAAACCUC